CUCACGAGCACAACCGGGCAGAGAGAGAGAGAGAGAGAGGCUCUCGUCAUGCACAAAGAAGGCCUAGUAAAUAGUGGUGACCAAAGAAAAGGAAAGAGAGGAGAAAAUCUGAGAAUCCAUUAAUGGGAAUCUCAGCAAAAUCCAAGAACUCCAAAGAAAGUUGGGGAAUGGGUCUCCUUCUCGUUUUCUUUCCAGAGGAUAACAACAACAACAACAACAACAAUUCGACCGCCAUUAAUGUCAAGAAGAACAACACCAACAAGAACAACAAGCUUUUCUCUUCUUCCUCUUCAUCUUCUUCGAUGAGUAGAAGCAAUUCGAAUCGUCUUCUUUCCAAAGCGCAAUCCACCAUUUCCAUUUGCGCUCUCCUCGUCUUCAUCACUCUCCUCCUCUUCACUCUCUCCACCUUCGAGCCCAACAACCGACACUCCCACGGCCGCCAGAUUCUCGCCGCCAAUUCCAGAAGAUUCCUCACCGAGCAUGGAGAAUUUCGUAGAAAUUCGAAGCGCGAUUCUGAUUUCUCGUUCUCGAACUGGUACUUUCCAAAAAUGUGGAGGAAGCGGAAACCUAAAUCAGAAUUCGGAUCGGUUUCUCGUCCGCAAACGGCUCUGCAAGGUUUGGGAACUCUGUACCGGCGAGGAACCAGAGCCAUGGCCGAUCUCGCCGUCGCUCAUGUCGCCGAGGACGUCUCCGACGACGAGCUUCGGUUGUUCCUCAGAGCUCUUCACAGGUCGGGCGUCACCGCUCGAGCCGACGUCGUUUUGGUCUUCGCUUCUUCGUCUUCGAAGUUUGACUCGGUGAUUCGCGACGAGAGUGAGUCGUUCUCCGAACUCGUUCGCCGCCACAAAACGACAUCGUCGUCGAAGAAUCUCAAGACUUCUCCGUUGAGCUUCGACUUGGCGCAGUUCAAGGCCGGGAAGAAGGAGGCCGGAGAGCCGCUGUGGGGAAAACGAACCCGGAGUGGUUUUGCGAACAACUCGGACGAGUUUACCGACUUGACUCAGAAACUGAGUUAUGGCUCGGUGGUUGGUUUCGAGGUCUCUGAGUUGGACCCGGAGAACUCGCUUUCCGGAUUUUUAGACCACGUUCCGAUGAGUUUGAGAAGAUGGGCCUGUUAUCCGAUGCUAUUGGGCCGAGUCCGCCGCCAUUUCAAGCACAUAACGUUGGUUGACGUGAAAAGCCUUAUACUACUCGGUGACCAACUCGGCCUGGUCAGGAAUCGGAGUCCCGAGUCGGUUCACUUUUUUGCCAAGUCGGAGAGUUCUAAUUCUAAGCAUGGGAGGCGUAACUCGGACAAGACUCAGUCCCAUUAUGCAGUUAACUCGGCCGUUAUAACUGGCGGGGCUCGCGGAAUUCGACGGUUGUCGAGUGCUAUGCUGACGGAGAUCGUUCGUGCUGCAACGGCGGCGCAGCAGCACAAGAGGAGGAGCCCGGUGACGGAGGCGGGCAUUUUGAACCAACUCAUUGGUAACGAGUUCUUGCUCAAGAACGUGGAGGUGAUCAAAUCGACCGACUCGGUUCCGGAGGUGAGUGAACUCGGCCGCAAGCCGGCCUCGUUUUCGGGACAAACUGUCGUUCAGCGUGGUAAUAGUAAUGGACAUGAUUUUAAAUCCCUUGUUAUGAAGCGCAUUUGUUCGUCUGAAUUUGAUUCUUCUGUUUAUAGCGAUUGCUUAGUAAAAUCAUAGAAUAAAGAGUAAACAAAGAUAGGAAAAUUUUAAUAAAUGUGGCAUAAAAUUUUUUGUUCUUUACUUUGAUUUCUAUUGUCGCAAAGUUUUGUUCUGGUUCUUCAAUGUAUAUAAUAUU